AGUGUAUAUAAACUGAGAACACGGACUGAAGUCGGUUCUUCCACUCACUCGCCUUGAAGAAACACCGAGACUGAGAAUCUGAGCAGCCUCAACAUCGCAGAAAGGACCUCAAGAAAUCUUCACCCUCUUCAUCUCACCUCCAUUCACGGAAUCAUGCAGAUCCUGUUUGCUGGUUUGCUGCUGCUUUCUGCGACCGUCCUCUCUCUGGAUCCAAACGUCCUUCUGCAUUACAGAAAUUUUAUAGAGCGGCAUGUUGGGCAGGUGAGCCAGAACAGAUGUGACCAGGAGAUGGGAAGCAGACACCUCACCACGACCCCUGGCAGCAAUUUGUGCAGGGAGACCAACACCUUCAUCGGAGACACCACCAGCAGAAUCAAUUCCAUCUGUGGGAAAGCAGGAGCGCCAUUUGGUACAUUCACCAAAAGCCUCCAACCUUUUCCCAUCACCAUUUGUAAACUGAGAAACCAGAAUGCGCGGCACCCGCACUGUCAGUACCGCGGUCGAACUGACACCAGGUACCUGGUAAUCAGAUGUGAAGAAGGUGUUCCUGUGCACUUUGAAAGAGACAUUGUAAGCCUUGGCUGAUGUAACAGUCGCUGUCACUUGUUGAAUAAAAUACAUUUGAUUUGGUUGGAUACUGAAUCAGUGACUCUAAUCUUG